AUGACAGCUAUGGAUGAGGCUGCGCGUCGAGAAAUGAGACGGAAAUCCGGUCUCGAGGCCAUGCGAAGAAUAGCUGGACAUCCUCCUCCGUGGACGUGGACCCGCUUUUUGCAAUCAAAAUGGCUAAUAUCCAAACGUUUCUUCUUCUUGAAGCAGAGCCCCGCCGAUGUUUCCGCAGAGAUAGCUGCCAUGCAGUUCGUCCGUCAACACACUUCCAUCCCCGUUCCCCGUCCUUGGGGUUCUUUCCGGUGCGGUGGACAUGUCUAUCUUGUGAUGCAGAGGGUCUCUGGCGUCGCUUUAUCCGACAGUAUGUGGAACAGUUUCACGGAGGAGGAAAAAUGCAAUGUGGUGGAACAACUGCGAGGAUUUGUAGAGCAGCUGCGUAGCAUUCCUCCUCGAUCUGGGUCAGUCGUCGGCUCGGUGAAUGGCGCACAGGGAUGCGACUACCGGUUAUGCGGUGUGCCGCAUGGACCCUAUAUGAACGAGCAGCAGAUGAACCACCAACUUCGGAUGGGACUUCCCUUGCAAGAGGUUCCUCCGAAGGUCAUCGAGUCUCAUUCUCGGAAGCAUCCACUCGUCUUCACUCACGGCGACAUCGCUGGGCGGAAUAUCAUGAUGGAUGGUGUGCGAGUCGUAGCAUUGAUUGACUGGGAGGGUGCGGGGUGGUUUCCGGCACACUGGGAGUACUGCAAGGCUCGAUACGCUUCUGGCUAUCUCCACAACGAAGAUUGGAUGGCUCGCAUACCCAAGUUUAUACCUCCCCAUGUUUUCGAGGAUGAGGCCGACACCGAGCUGAGGGCAUGGCAGCAGGCACCCGACUUGCCUCCGAUGAAACUCGACGGCCCACAUUCCCCCAACGAGACGGUGGAGGUUUAUUUUGACCAAGCAUUUGACCCGACGCGGCGAAGACUCGAAGACACAUCCCCUUUAAUCUCAGUGGUAUGGCCAUGGUGA